AUGUCUCUCGCCGCUGAAGGCCUCGACGUCUGGGUCGUGUCCGACGACGGCAGGACUGCUGCGACAACUUAUAGCGGCAGCAGCAGCAGCGGCGGCGGCGGCGGGGGAGGGACCAAGCUCCUCAGCAUCCAGGCGUCUUACGUGGAGCUCGGCACCGGUACUCGCCGCACCUGGACGGCGAGCCGCUCCGAGAAGGACUUCUUCGCCCUGGGCGUGACGCUCAUGGGGAAGCUCGCGGGCUCCGCGGCGGACGCGAAGGUGCCCGGCCCCCCGCCCGAGGGCUCUUCCCCCGCGGUGUUCGAGGUGUACCUCAGGAGGCUGAUCGACGUGCCGGUGGUCACGAGCCUGCCCGCGCUGUACGAAUUUCUCGACGCCCCUCCUGAUCUCGUACAGGAACCAGUGCUUUUCGGAGAGGUAGUCGACGACGACUUUGGCGGCGGCAGAGCAAAGCGCUAUCGCAGCGCGAACCCCGAUGACCCUCGCACGGCGUCGUCCUCCUCCGCUUACGGUAACGACGUCGACGGCAACAAGUCGGGGGCGACGGUAGCCGGGGCGGUGGUCGGCGGCCUCGUGGCGGGCCCCGUCGGCGCGGCGAUCGGCGCGAUGGCGGCGCGGGCGGCCAGCGGGAGGGAGGACGGCGUCGGGAACGUCGCCAAGGGGGCCGGGGCGGUUGCAGACGCGGCGAUGGAGAAGGCACAAGCCCUCGAGAGGGAGUUCGAGCUGUCCAGAAAGGCCAAGACGGCCGCGGGCAAGGCGAAGCAGGCGGUGCAGAAGGUCGACACCGACUACAGCGUGAGGCACCGGGCGAAGGAGGCCGCGAGGAGAACGGCAAGGGCCGCCCAGAAGACGACAAAGGACCUCCGGGUGACGGAAAGGGCCGCGGAGGCCGCCAAGGCGACCGAACAGGCGGCACGAAAGGCCGCGGAGGCCGCGCGGAAAGCGGACAAGGAGCACCGAAUACGGGAGAGGGCGACCAACGCGUUCCGCCGGGUGCGCUCGAAGGUCAAGAGGUCCGUGGAGAAUUUCGAGGAGCGGCGAAAACCUGACGAUAAGAACGGCGGCGCUCCGAAAGACGGUCUCUAG